AUGUCCGCAGGCGCAGUUCUCUCACAAUUUUCAAAUUUACUUAACUACAUGGAGUCUUUUGGUCCCAAAUUGAGCUCUAACAUCCGCCCAAACCGCGACCAAUUGGACGAGAUUCAGAAGCUGAGGGAUCGACUUAAACCAGCUUUGGCUACUAUCGAGUCUCAUGUGGAACAUCUGUUGAAGAAAGCAACUCCGACAGUUAAAGACCGAAAUCUUGCAAACCAAAUCCGAUCUUUCCAAGUCGCCGACCAAUUCGAUCCAGCACUGUUUAGAAAGAAUCUAGUGCUUAUCUUUCGAGGACCAGAUGAAUCUGCAUUAGAUGCAGACAAAGUGAGAAUAAGGAAAGCCAAAUCUCGAACUCGAUGCGAAAAGCUUUGCGCCGAGUCUCCCCACUUGAUUCUGAGGUGGGCAAUGUCACUUCAGCCAUCGGCGUGGGUCCACCCAACAGUCAUGGCGGAUAGUACAUUCGAUUUUCUCAUUAGAGAUUUGAAGGCAAUCUUCGAUCAAAUACCUUCUAGGGUCGCUGAAAGCCUACAUUGCUUGAAGAACGAGGAGCCCUUAAAACCUUGCGAACAGUUCCAAGAAUUUGUCAAAUUUAUAGAUCAAUCGAUCAGUGUGGAAGAACAAGAGAAUAAGGCGCGAUACAAACGGAAGCGUACAGAAGAAAGUUUACCAACGGAAGGAAAACUUUAUGCCACAGAGAGUGAUAAUAAACAGAUGAUAGAACAAAGAAGCAAAGAAAUCGACUACAAAAUGUCAUCCAUGCCGUCCGGCAAGCUGCCACAUUUGAUCAAACGUCUUUCGUGGGCGAUAGAGAGUAGCGAGCAAUGGAAGUGGGAAAGACGAGUCUUCGCUGAGAGGCUGGGGGGUAGCGAUGCCGAGACAACAGAUUGCCUGAACUUUUUCGUCCCAAAAGAUCGAAGUCAAGAUAUAUCCAUCACCUUGGUGGUUGGUCGCCGUGCUGGAUUUGAUUUGAUAUACGAAGCAGAAGUUGAAAUUAUUCGCGUUUAA